CGAGGACAUGCGCGUUGCGCACAUGCACGGAGGAGGUGUAACACUAACACACUAUACUCGGAUGCUUUCCGUGGACUCCAUGAUAACUCCACCGAGGCGCUCUCAAGUCCUCGUCAUCUACGCCGGCCCAGAAAAGUAUCCCUAAUUCUUUUUCGCUCCUUUUGUUCUCGAUAUCAAAACACAAUCAAGUCGAUGCUUUCUGCUGCGUUCAAGUACUCGUUCUUUUCUGAGGGACGCGGGGGAUGUUAUGAUUAGAUUUUUUUUGAUUGUCGAUCGUCUUCGCCGCCACCCUGAAGUUCAUCGUGAUCAUUUUGGCCGCCGGCAUGGUGGCCUUCAUCGGCGCCGUUAUCUGCAUCAUCGCGGCCGUCCACACCGGAACCACCAAGGCGGCUCGACGGCAGCCGGCAGCCGACAACCGCUCGCUGUACGCGACGCAGCCCCCCGCUACCAGAGGCUCGGCGGCCAGGGCUGGAACCUUGGGUGCUCUCCACGGUUCUGAAGUGCCCGGAUCCGAGGCACCGACUUUUCACGUCGGGCUCGACGGUCUGGACGGGGUCACGGGACUGACCGGGCACGACCCAGCCGUCAGUCGCCUCAUAUGCACGCCGAUCCCCGCCGGGGAGUGCAACCCGAAAAACUUUCAGCAACAAGCGGACGACCCGUCGUUAUACGCGGGAGAAGACCGGGGCUACCUCCGCACCACCGCGGACGAGCUCCGGCAGACCGUCCUGCAGCAAAAGGAGCAAAUACAAACGGACCAGCGGACCAUCAGGGAGCUGACGAGCAAACUAUUCGAGUGCGAGAAGGGGCUCAAGGGUCGGGGUGGCGUCCCCGACAGACGCGGAGGUGCUGUGGGCAUAUGGGGAGGCAAAAGCCCGGCAGAGGGGGCGCAAGCCGAGCGGGUGAUGGUGCGGGACAGCGCCGCGUCUGCGCAUGACCACGUGCUCACGCUACGGGCAGUGGAUGAGCUGGAGCAGGCCAUCAGUCAGCUCAAAGACCGCAUAGAGAGACUGGAGGCCGACAUCAAUCUGUUUCCUCACAGCCAGACGGACAUCAACAACUCUGCAGUUGUGCAGGACGGCGGGAAAUCCUUUGGCCCAGAAAGGUGGGUUGGGCACAAAGCGGGUGCGGAAAGGCCCUGGAAGAUGGAGGACUUGGAAGUGGAGCUUGAAAGGAAGGUGGAGCUGUUGGAGAACGAGAGAAAAGCCUUGAGGCUGGAAACCGAAAGACACCGACAGGAAAUGGACCGGGGAAUCAACAAGUUACGUGACCGACUCUCAGGACUGGAGGAAGGUCAAUAUGAACAGAGAGCUAAUUACUUUCCGGAGGGCUACAGACUGUCUUUUCCAUCGCGUACAAACUACAUGUACGCGGUGGUGAAACACUCCAUCCCAAAAUUAUGGGCCUUCACCUUUUGCCUUUGGCUCCGGCCUACGGAAGGAGGCAUCGGAACACCCGUCUCUUACGCCGUUUCCGAGCAACCCAAUGAACUGGUGCUGCUCCAAGGCCUGCGCACGCCCACUGAGCUGCUCAUCAAUGACAAGGUGGCCCGGCUACCUCUGAACUUUUCUCGAGGCAACUGGCAACACAUAUGUGUGACCUGGAACCAGAAAGGAGGCGACUGGCAGGCCUACCAGGGCGGAAGGUUGAGGGGAGGUGGCCACGGCCUGGCGGCUGGUCAUGAAAUUAGACCUGGAGGAGUGCUAGUCCUUGGUCAAGAGCAGGAUUCCCUGGGUGGAGGCUUUGAUUCAACUCAAGCUUUAGUUGGAGAAUUGUCCCAGAUGGGUCUUUGGGACCGAGUCCUGUCUGCGGACCAGGUGGCCAGCUUGGCUCGGUGUGGAACGGUGACCCAGGGCAGCGUGGCUCCUUGGACUGAGCGUGCAGUGGAGGUUUAUGGUGGAGCCACCAAGUACCCUGGGGAGCCUUGUAGUAAACAUAGCCGGAGCUCCAAGUGACAGAUGGAGCGUUUGAGGAAUAGGAAGGCGGAAAAGGGGGCAGAGAGGGGGAGGUGGGGGGUGAGUUUCAGCCUUUUGAAAAACAAAAAGUUAGUAUUCCAUCUGCGCUCGUUAGCAUCGGUACUAAAAAUCUUGUUGAAACAACUCUCGGUGGCAGUGAUAUUAUGAGUGUUUAGGAAAGCAAGUAUCUUUGCAGCCAUUCCGCUCACAGGAAGUGGAAAUGAAAGAGCCGGCAAAGUUGCUCUCCACUUUCAACAAUACUUGUGUAGUCCGGGGGAUUCGG